AUGGACAGAAUUGGGGCGGACACGGCGGACAUGGUGGAGGACAUGGCGGAGGCCAGCGAGGACGUGGAAGGGGACAAGGCAAUCGAGGCCGAGGAGGUCAUCAUGCAACUGGACAAGCGCCAUCGUAUCUUCCACCUACAGGUUUCAACUACGCGCAACCAAUCUUCGGGGAGCUAUCAACACUACAACACGCCCAAUCUUCCUACACCUUACCCUCCCACACCUCCGACGUAUAUGCAAGGCUUACCGACCCCUCCGCAUGGCCAUACACCAAACAAUCAAGCAAUGAUGCCCCCCAUGUCAUGGCGCAAUGAUAUGCCAGGUGCGGCGCCAUACAUGGGAGCCCAACCGGGGCAAGCACGAGGACCACGACCUCCCCAUGCGCAUAGCAAUCAAGGUCCAAAACCCAAGCACAAUCAGAAGCGGGAUCAUUCAUCUGCAUUCAACAAGCCUCAAUCAACUGCACCACGGACUCCCGCUGCGCCUGCCGUCCCAAGCUUCGGCAACCCUCUGCCCUCGAAGCCACCACCAGCCGCAGACUCCACAGCUAACAGAAAAGCAAAGAAGCGGAAAAGAAAGCACAAUCAACUCGGGCUGACCCCUCAUACCGAAGAUCACGAGUCAAGCGAAGAAGAGGCUGAUGAAGAUGAAGAGUCGAAGCUGGCGCAAAGUGGAUCUGAUGCAGCACCACUUCAGGUCUCAUACAAAGGGAAAACAUCCACAUUACAAACACCAUCCGAUAUUGCUGCUUGGAUUGCAGAGCGGAGAAGGAAAUUCCCCACCAAAGCUCGAGUUGAAGAAAAGAUGAAGUCUAUGGAGGAGGCAAAGGCAGCCCGUGAAGCAGUCCGCCAGCAAAAGCAAAAAGAACAGCAGGAAAAGCGACGAGAGCAUAUACAGAAACAAAACGAACACAAGACUGACCCCGCUGCAGAUGCGACAACAAACGCGCAACGCAGGGAGAAGAUCCGGCGCAACCUUGAAAGAGAGGAGAAACGAAUCCAAAAAGCUAUGGCUGAGACCGAAGCAGCUCGUCUCCGAAUGGAAGCUCUACAGAAGGAGGCAUUGAGCCUGAAUGUAGAUUUCAACCAAGAAGAAGAUACGGGUAUCACGCCCGUGCACCAACUUCCGCCCCCGAAUUCAGUGAUCAAGACUGAACCUGCAAACGUGAUGCCAGAACCAACCAUCAAAACCGAACCCUAUAAGGCGGUUCCCGAAUCAGCCAUCAUCACUGAAGCCGAAACCGCUGAAACCGCUGAAACCGCAGUGCGUGAGGCAACCAUAAAAACCGAGUCCCAAGACCUAGUUUCAGAGUCGACGCAAUUCGCCGACCCUAUUCCCCACCAGACAGAGGCGCAGGGAGAUCCCGGAUGCUUGCCCGAGUCCAACAAUCUCGAGGCCACGAUCAAUACCGUACAUCCGACCGACGAUGGCUUGGAUGACAUGGAGGUCGCAUCCGAUCACGAGGCCAGUGAUUGGACGUCAUCGGGUGCUUCUGGCACAGAUUUCGACUCCGACUCUGACAGCGACGACUCUGCGCCAGAGCAAGCAACUUCACGUCGCACGGGACCAGAGCGAGUGCCACCCCCCACCCCGCGAGGGCAAAAGGACUGUUUGUCGUUACUUUGCACGUAA